AUGCUGGGAGCUGGCAAAGAAAGCAAAGAGACCACAGAAGCAUGGGAGGAAUCAAAAGAAUGUGGUGGAAUCUUCACAGAUGCAAAGCACAUCUUUAAGUCACCAGGCUACCCAAACGAGUAUGAAAAUAAACUAAUAUGCUACUGGCAUAUUAGACUAAAGUACGGACAACGGAUUCAUCUACAGUUCCUGGAUUUUGAUGUUGAAGAUGACACUGCUUGCAUGGCUGAUUUCUUAGAAGUCUAUGAUAGCUAUGAUGAUAUCACUGGCUUUGUGGGCAGGUACUGUGGAGAUGAACUUCCAGAUGAUAUCAUCAGCACAGGAAAUCUCAUGACCUUAAAGUUUUUGUCAGAUGCCUCAGUGACAGCAGGUGGUUUUCAAAUUAAAUAUGUUGCUGUAGACCCACCUUCAAAACCUAAUGAUGAGAAAAAUGCAACUUCCCAAGGAAACACAAACUACUUGUCUGGAAAAUUUGGCAUUAUGUGAACAGACAGAUCAACAUCACAGAAAAUGCAGUUGGAAUAUAGAGUUAUUAAAUACAAAUACCACUUGAGAUACCUGUUUUGUCCAAUAAGUUACAGCUAUCAUACUAUAUUUGGGAUAGCCAGCAGCCACAGUCGCUUUUCAUCUUAUCCUUCUGACUUUUAUAACUUCUGCUUUAUGUAACUUUUCUUAAUAAAGGAUAUUGGGAAAUAAAUUAGAAAACUGUACUUUAAAUUAUAGACAAUUGUUUUCUAGAUCAAAAGGAGUCAGUGAAACUAAGAACAUAAGAACGGACAUACUGGGUGAGACCAAUGGUCCAUCUAGUACAAAAUCCUGUGUUUCGACAG